UCUACCUAGACCUCCAGGUCAAAAACCCAUUCCAGCAACUGGAAAUAUUGUUCCCAUAAUAUUGCCUAUCUCAGUGGAGCCUAAUAAGACUGUCUUUACAAAAACAGGGACCAAAAGUGUGCCACAUCCACCCAGUCCAUCAAAGAACACCAAAACAGAACCUAAGACCUCUGAGACUACAACUUGUAGGGAUCAUGAGAAAGCAGGACAGGAACUUUGUUACGUGUGUAUGCAGCGCACUAAGGCCAACAGUGCACUGUAUUCUAAAGUCGAGAACAAAGAAGAAGAACAGGACGAGCAAUUUCUACAUCAAUACCAGAUAAUGAACAACAAGGACACUGCAUUCAAAGACCAGUUGAGACUAAAAUCAGAAAAAGAAGAAUGCAUGAAGAAUGCUGCAUAUAACCUUGGUGUCGCAGAUGCUAUAAAAUCACAGAGGAAUCAGAAAUGCCACUUUUCUAAUCCAUACAUCUUUGAGAACCGACCAGAAAGUGCUGCUAUUGUCACUGAAAAGAAAAAUGAGUAUACUAAGAACCUUCUUAAACAAAUAGAUGCCAAUAGUAAACUGGCCAAGAAAAAACAAGAAAGCCAGGAAGUCUUGGAGCAGCUAGAAUGGCUGCAACUCAAACAAGAGAUUGAUGAACAAAAAGCUGAACUGAAGAAACAUCAAUUUGAGCAGAGAGAAAUGUAUAAGAAAGCACUGGAAUACCAGCUGAAACACAGGCCUUCCAGACUGCCCAUCUAUGAGCCCAUGGGCACCUUCACCAACUUUGGGCAGAAUGAGAAGACCCUGGAGGCCGAAAAGCGGCAGAGAAAUAUUGAAUACAUGAAGCAGCAGGUGGAAGCCGCUGCAGGCCACAAAAGACAGCUUAUCCUCAGCCACAUAAAAAAUCUGCAGCAAGAAAAAGAAAUGCUCCAGAAAAACCAAGAAAAGCAUUUAGCAGAAAGAUGUGCAGAAGAGGAUCGAAGGAACACCAUCAAUCAACACCUGAGAAAAGAAUGGGAUAAAGAUGUUGUGCUGAAGCAUCAGCGAGAUGAAGAUGCCAAGGCCUUUGACAAGUAAUUGCCUUCUGGGGUUGCAAGUUGCCUUCUCUCCCCAUUUCCU